CGCCGAGCCCACCUCCCCCCGCCACCUCCUGUGGUGCGUCCCGCAAAGGGCUCCGGGCGCUUCCGGGCGCCUCUUGGCGGGAGCGGAAGUGGCGCUGCCCGGGUCCCUGUGUGGGUCGCACCGUCCCGGUGGCUGCGGAGCCGGCGCCGAGCUGGAGGGGACGGACAGGCCAGCGGCAGAGAAGGCCAGCAGGCAGGCGGAGAGAUGGCGACGGGCGCAGACGUGCGGGACAUCCUGGAGCUGGGCGGCGUAGAGUCGGAGAACACAGGCACCAUCAACAAAAAGGAUAUCAUCAACUCGGAUAAGAAAAAAUCCAAGAAAUCUUCAGAGACAUUGACAUUUAAGAGGCCAGAGGGAAUGCACCGAGAAGUUUAUGCACUCCUCUACUCUGACAAAAAGGAUGCACCUCCGCUGCUGCCAAGUGAUACAACUCAGGGUUAUCGAACAGUGAAAGCAAAACUGGGGUCAAAGAAAGUCCGGCCUUGGAAGUGGAUGCCUUUUACCAACCCAGCAAGAAAAGAUGGAGCAAUGUUCUACCACUGGAGGAGAGCAGCAGAGGAAGGGAAGGACUACCCUUUUGCGAGGUUCAAUAAAACAGUGCAGGUACCUGUCUACUCGGAGCAGGAGUACCAGAUGUAUCUCCAUGAUGAUGCGUGGACCAAAGCUGAGACAGACCACCUCUUUGACCUGGCUCGGCGUUUUGAUCUGCGCUUUGUAGUGAUUCAUGACCGCUAUGAUCACCAGCAGUUCAAGAAAAGAUCAGUGGAGGACCUGAAGGAACGAUAUUAUCACAUCUGUGCCAAGCUGGCUAAUAUUCGUGCAGCUCCGGGCACAGACCUGAAAAUCCCAGUCUUUGAUGCUGGCCAUGAGAGGCGAAGAAAGGAACAACUAGAAAGGCUGUACAACAGGACACCUGAGCAGGUGGCAGAAGAAGAAUACCUCAUCCAGGAGCUCCGCAAAAUCGAAACCAGGAAGAAAGAGAGAGAAAAGAGAACCCAAGACCUGCAGAAGCUUAUCACAGCUGCUGACACCACCACUGAGCAGAGACGUGCCGAGCGCAAGGCUCCCAAGAAGAAGCUGCCACAGAAGAAGGAGACAGAGAAGCCUGCUGUUCCUGAGACUGCUGGCAUCAAGUUUCCUGACUUCAAAUCUGCAGGUGUCACGCUGCGAAGCCAGAGGAUGAAACUGCCAAGCUCGGUGGGACAGAAGAAGAUUAAAGCCCUGGAGCAGAUGCUGAUGGAACUCGGAGUAGAUCUCAACCCUAUGCCCACAGAGGAGAUCGUGCAGAUGUUCAACGAGCUACGGAGUGACCUGGUGCUGCUGUAUGAGCUGAAGCAAGCCUUUGCCAACUGCGAAUAUGAGCUGCAGAUGUUACGGCACCGCUAUGAGGCCCUGGCCAAAGCUGGUAGUAUUGGCCCCCUCAGUGUGGAAGGCGCCCAUCCAGAUGGCCAGGCAGGGCUCAGCAUCGAGGAGAGCAAGGGAGAUGCCAAGGACCAGAUCAUUGAUGUAGUAGGAGCACCACUGACCCCCAACUCGGUGAGAAGGAAGGUUGGGGGGGCAGAACAGGGAGCACUCAGGUCUCCGACGCAGAUGCCCUGACAAGCGCUGGGGAUGCUGCCCUGCUCUCCCUCCAGGUGUGCGCGUCCAAGGGAGCACAGCACGCCUGUUCCCCCCAAGUCCCAGUGCUGCUCUCUGGGCUGUCUCCUGUGCUGGACAGUGUUCUUGGUGCUAUAGGUGGGGUCAGCAGGGCUUUCUAUAUCCUGCAUGCAGGCAGAUGGCUUGACGUGGGUGCCACCGUGGACCAAAGCAGCAAGGCUUUGGGUGACGAGAGCUUGCACUAGGGCAGCAACAGUGAUGCCAGUACAGCUGUAGGCCUGAGGCAUUUUCCUUCUAGACACAGCCCCAUAAGGGUUGCUCGGCAGAGGGAAGCGAGUGGGGAAAGCAGCCUUGAGAUGAUGAGCCAUGACCUACCCAAGUCCCUGGAGUCAGGCAGUAGCGCUGCCUGGAGCAGGAGGCUUGGGAAGGAGAGAGGUGUUUGAAGAGCAAAGGGGUGUUUUUUAUACCCUAUUUCCAGUGCCGGGAAAGGAAAGCCAGACUAGGGGUUCUUCCACUGCGAGCCCUGUCACAAUGUCCUGUGCAUGUACCUCUGCAGGAUGCCAAUCACCAGCCUCUCCUUCCUGCCUCCACGAGAGCAGGCUGCCGAGCCCCUCACAACUGCCUCAGGGCCAAGGGUAAGCCUGGGGAUCAGCUGAGGUUGCUUUCCCCUCUCUGCAGUCCCCUGGCACAGCUGAGCUGAACUGCCUGAUAAAAGCUGCCCGUCUCCACACAGUGGCAUCCUCGACGCCUCAGACAUACUGCUCCCGGUAGCGGCACAGACCUUUACUUUCUGAAAUGUAUAAUGUAUUGCAGGAUAUUGAGAACAUCUUAUCUGUCAACGGCAGAGGCGACACAUUAAUCUGGACUUGAGUAAUGUCCUAUUUGAUUGUGACAGUAUGGAGUCAUAAGGAAGCGUUCCACUGAGACAGGUUCAUGUUUGCAAAGGAGUCUUCUGAAUUUUUUUUUUCCCUACUGCAUUCAAUCUGAAAUCUCACCCCUCCCUGUGGGUCUGGAGUGUCUUGGUUUGCAAACUUUCUGGGCUGAUUCACAACACACUUGCUCUCCCUGGAGACUUUGCUUGUUGGGAAGGUGGGAGAGGUGGUGGUGAUGGUGGUGGCAGUGGCUGCAGGAAGAGGGAGCCCAUGUGUGUGUUUCUGACCACGUUGUUCCUCAGUGCCACCUCCUGGAAUUGGAAACAAAGGGGUGGGCCCAGGCAGCACAGAAAGGGUUAAACUGACCUGGUCUCUGACAUAUUUGAAAGAAAUAUAAUCAAGUUAAUUCACUGCAAGGCAAAUUCAGUACCUAAAGGGCCCCCAUGUUAAAUACAGCACUGACCUUUACCGGCUGAUUACACAAAGACGACACAAUUAGAUUAGUCCAAGACAAAAGGUCAAGCACAUUCACACUGUGACCAUUUUAUGCUACCUUUCGAGGGGGGGAAAAAAUUACAUCCCAGCUGGAGGGGUAUCUUGGAGAGAAGGGGAAUGAGGCUGCUGUACCACGUUCUGCCUGGCUCAGGUAUGUUUGAAGAGUCAGGCAGGGCCUGGCACUGUGCUUGCCCUGAACCUUUCCCGCAGUUCUGGGCAAUGUGGCGGUGGGAGAGACCAGCAGCCUGCGGCCCACAACUGGCUUUUGCAAGGAUGAGCUGAGCUGAGUGGAGGCUGUGUGUUGGUGAUGCUCCCUACCCUGCCCAGAGCUGGCAGGAGCAGCCCCAGUGCCUCUCGCUCAGCAUCAUGGCUAAAAUUGGCCUCUGGAAGAUCAGCGGGCUGGGGUCAGCUCUGAGAAGGGGGGUGGCUGGGGCAGUUGCUGUCUGUUCGGCUGGUAGGGUGCAUGCAUGUGUCCCCACCCUGCACAGUGAUAACCCUGAGGUGUCCCAGGCCCUGGUGUGAUGGGGACAGCGUGGGAGGCAGUGGGCCCAGGACACAGUGCUGAGAAAGCAGCCUGCCUCUGCAAGCACAGCACUUUUCCCCCACGCUGGGCCGCUUGCAGCAGGGGCAGCAAUAUUGGUAGUGCAAACAAGCAGCUCUCUGCAGAGCAAGCGCAGUAGUGCUUUGUAGUGGCCUUUCCCUCCCUUGCCUGCUACAGCCUUGGAGGUGGGCACUUGCGGGUGACACCUUGCCCUUCCCCUCACGGAGGCUGCUUCAGCGGUUUAACCCUGCCACGCCAGCCUUGAACUCCCAAGUUCAAGUGUGUGCUUUGCCACUGAGCUGCCAGGGGUCCUUGGGGGAAUAAUUUAAUCUCCCUGCUUCAAAUUCCUCUGAGUUGGAGAAUCCCUUUGUGCUGUCUAGCACUGCCCGUCCAUGGCACUCCACACAUUGGAUUAAGCAUGGAUUAGUUCAGCCUCCAAACCAGCUGCUCCCCCUGAAGCCAGAUUUGUUUCCCUGGAGAGAAGUAUCUUGCUCCAGAUGUUGGAGGGAGUGAGUGGCAAAGCCAGGAAUAGGACUAGGAGUCCUGACUCCCAAGCCCUGCCCAGCAUGCCUGGAUUCCUUUCCAGGAAUUGGAACAGAUGGGCAAAGGCACACCAGGGUCUUGAGAUACUGGUUGUGGCAACAGCUGGCUGCCACCAUCCCCCUUGGCAUGCAGUGGGGAUGGGGGACUUUUCAGUAGGGUGUUUUAGCCCAGUUUAGGAGAGGUGUCUGCGUCUCUCAGCAGCGAGACCCCAUGGGGCAGCGGGAAGCCUGGCACCAUUCUGGCCUGCUGUGUCCACUGCUUCCCUCCUACCCUGGCUGCCUGCCCACCCUUUUCUGGGGGCUGCAAUGCUCAUCGCUGACCAUUAAAGCUGAGCUGGGAUCCCCCCAGUGCCGUCUGCUGCUGACCCCGGUAGGGACUUUACUCGGGGCCUUCGGGAGGUGAAAGGUGAGCCGAACUCGGAACAAAUUAGUUCCAAGCAGAAGUUCAGCCAGUUACUCCAGAUUAGAUCCUUUGAUUUCCGCAACUCAGACUCCACUCAGUGAUCUGUAAUGAGUGACUCUCAGAAAUCCUCACAUUGCAGCACUUUGUUCCUGAGCUCACAAGUCAGCCCAUUAAUGGGUAAAGGAAAGGACCUUGAGUCUAAGAAGUCUCGGGUUCAGAGUCAGAAUUAUUUGACUUUUAAGCUUCCUUUAUCUGAACUCCUGCUGACUUCUUGUUUUCUGAGCCUGUUUGAAAGCUAGAAGUUACAUUGUUAAGAUCAAACAUUCUCUCUUUCCAGAUGGAGUUACAAUAUCUGUCUUUUAUAUAUAUAUAUAUUUUAAUAUAUAUAUAGUGUAUAUAUACCAGGGUGUAUAUAUAUUCCUCUCUUUUUUUUAAAUCGUUCUUUCCAUUAAAAGAAACUAGACUUGUAGGCUCUUGUAAAUUAUAAUGUAAAACAUUUUUUUUAACCAGACAGUUCCCAAUUUUGCCCAAGGCAACUGGAAUAGCUGCGCCACAGAAGGCAAUAGGAAGGUGAUUAAUAUGAAUUUGUGACAUAUUUGAAAGAUGGGUCUUUUGCCAUAUAAAGAUUAUCAAACACA